UCAUUAAAAAAUAAUCUUAAUCAGAAAAGUUUUAAUUUGAUUACCUUGAGAAAAGGUGAUAAUAGUACGAUUCUUAUUAACUUUAUAUUGGAGUAAAGCUGAGAAAGCAAAAGAAUGCAGAAUAGUUGAAAUAAUUUUGUGAAGUAGAGUCUUAAAUAAAGUUGGUUAUGUGCAAUGCCGAGAUGCUAUAAUGAUAGCAAGACAGUGAGUUCAGUGAAUAGCAGUCAUAAGCACAGUGACGAUAUUGUAUUAACACAAACACGUGCUUUCUCGAUUGGAAGUCAAUUGGAGGUAGAUGAAGACCCACCACUAGUUGAAAAAUCACACAGACGGCUUCGGUGUGACCUAAGUCCUGUUCCGACAAACACGAAUUCUAAUUUAAACAUAAAGCUUCUCAAUUUAAAGAGUGAUAAAGGUAAUCGUCAGGACCAUCAGGUGAGCACUGGAUCUGGGGGGUACAGAGAAAGGGAGACCAAAAAGAAAGCAGCUAUAGGCAAUACAGUGCGUGGAAUUCUCUCAUCUGGCCACAGCAGGCAGGACAGGUAUGAGACAAACAGGCAACGCUCUUCAGGUGGAUCUGGUGGUGGUUUGUCUAGUUUAUGUCCUAAGCUGGUGGCCAGUGGCAGCAGUACCCAAAGUGGCAUUAGUUUGGCAGUGGGCCACUUAGCCUCUCAGGAAAGUGGAGGACCUUGCACAGUUGUCACAACUCAAAGGAUCCACGGCCACGCACAUAAUCAUAAACGCCAAAGAAAGUUAUCUAUUGUCGCGCAAGCAGGUCCUAGUGCCAACACUACGGGUGAUAGAAAGGUAUUAUCCAACAUAAGUCGCUCCGCUAGCAUCUCCAAAAAACAAAUUCGAACACAGAGACAUGAUCAGAGUACUGAUUCUUUGUCUGUAACUAGCAACGGUCUUACGACUAGCUCGCCAUCUUCCAGAAAGAAAGUACUAUCUACUCUGCGCAUCUCAGAAAAGUCAUCUACGCAAAGUGUGAAUUCACCGUCAUUAGAUCAUGAAAAUGAUCGUAGUUUUAGCGAUGCCGAAGAAGCAAUCACAGCAACGGAGAAUGUAUUUGCAAUACCAGGAUCUAGUUCUACACCUUCUACACCAAUUAGUAAAGUAAAACAAACAAAAUUCGGCAAGAAUGAAGCAAAUGUGGAACAUAAUAGUCUUGCAGAGUGUACCGAUUUAUCGGAGAACGCUGCCGAUGUACAACACGUGAUUUUAGCUGAAUUUGAUAAAAAAACUGCGUCGAUAAAACAAGUUGCUACACAUAAAUCAAUUAAUCAGGAAGUUAUAGCAAAUCACAAACAAAAAUCAUUGUCAGGUUCUAUAGUGAAUGCAAAAUCUAUUAAUAGUAACGAGCAAAAAAUUCCAAAAUAUAAGAAUCCAAAUUCUGUGGAGAAAAUGAUCGAACAUCAUAGUAACAAAAAUAUUGAGACAGUUAAUUUAGAAAAAAAUUUAGACACUACGUCAAUAGACAUGAAUAUCACAAGCAGCAACAAUAAAGAUAAAGAAACAAAAGACAGAAAAUCCAUGGAAUGUGCGGAUGGCGGUGAUAUUGUGGGUAAAGACACCGACACCAUAGAUGCUACGAAGACUAUAAGCAGCGACAAGAUAGACGUGGAGAGUAAUGCAGAAGUAAGUGAAGAAGUAAUUAAAAGUUCAAGAUUUGUGACAUCAAAGGUGUUAGAAGAGGUAACGGAAACGGAAACCAAGACAGCAGAUGUAGAGAAGGUAGAAGAGGAGGAGAGAGUAACGAUAUACGAAGAUGACGAUGGUACUAGUAUUAGCGAUAUAGUGGCUGCACAAGCACUUCACGAAUCAUUAAGUAAAUUAGGUAAAGUACCGCCAUUAGAUACGGAGAUGGAAGAAAUGCAAAAUAAGAAUAUACGUGACGAAGCGAAGAUAGGAGAACAUCCUGAAAAGGAUAUAGUGGCUCAAGAAGAAACGGUAGAAGGCUUUAUCGGUCCAUUACUCGACGAAAAUUUUAAAGUGGAUGAAAAAUUGUCACAAAAAACUAUGGCAAUGGAAGAAGUUCAAAAUUUAUUGAUGAAAGUUAAAGUGCAAACUGUCGAAGACGACGACGACGAAGAAAAAGCUAUAGGUAUUUCACCGGAUGGAAGAUUCUUAAAAUUUGAAGAGGAAAUUGGUCGUGGUAGUUUUAAGACCGUUUAUCGCGGAUUGGAUACCCAGACAGGUGUAGCUGUAGCUUGGUGCGAAUUGCAGGAGAAAAAGUUAAAUAAGACAGAAAGAUUGAGAUUUAGAGAGGAAGCAGAAAUGUUAAAAGGGUUACAACAUCCAAAUAUUGUAAGGUUUUACGACUAUUGGGAGGUUACACUUACGCGUAGAAAAUAUAUUGUACUAGUCACUGAGCUUAUGACAUCAGGAACAUUGAAAACGUAUUUGAGAAGAUUUAAGAAGAUCAAUCCCAAAGUGGUAAAAUCUUGGUGUCGGCAAAUUCUAAAAGGCCUGAGUUUCCUUCACUCUAGAUCACCGCCUAUUAUCCAUCGCGAUUUAAAGUGUGAUAAUAUUUUUAUCACGGGUACGACGGGAAGUGUAAAAAUAGGUGAUUUAGGUUUGGCGACAUUGAAAAAUCGCAGUUUUGCAAAGAGUGUUAUCGGGACUCCAGAAUUUAUGGCGCCUGAGAUGUACGAAGAACAUUAUGACGAAUCAGUGGAUGUUUAUGCUUUUGGAAUGUGUAUGCUCGAAAUGGCUACUAGCGAAUAUCCAUAUUCCGAAUGUACAGGACCAGCACAAAUAUACAAACGCGUGGUAUCGGGUGUAAAGCCGCAAAGUUACGACAAGGUUGAAAAUCCGGAAGUACGCGAUAUUAUAGAAAUGUGCAUACGUCUAAAGAAGGAGGAACGGCCACUUGUUAAAGACUUACUCAAUCAUGAAUUUUUCGCAGACGACGUUGGACUAAAACUGGAGAUGGUAUCGCGAGAUUCGGCAGUCGCGGAUAUCGAACUGUCGCGCGUGGAAUUCAGGCUGCGCGUGCUAGAUCCUAAAAAACGUAGCAACAAACACAAAGAAAAUGAAGCGAUACAGUUCGACUUCGAUAUACAGGCUGAUAACGCGGAGGAAGUGGCGUUAGAAAUGGCAAAAUCCAGCCUUAUAUUAGAGGAGGACGCUAAAGCAGUGGCUAAAAUGUUAAAAUCGCAAAUUACUACUUUGUUGAGAGAAAGAGAAGAACGUAAAGCUAAAGAGGAAAAAGAACGCUUGGACAGAGAAACCGAUGCUACAACUAAUACAGCCGAAAACAUGCUUCAACAGCAAUUGCUACUUCAGCAAAUGCAGCUGCAGCAACAGCAGCAGCAGCAGCAACAAAUCCAAUCUAAUAUCGGUAUACAGAUACAAAAUCAAGUUCCAAUACAAUUGCAGCAGACUCAAAUACCUCUUCAACAACAGCAACUACAAUCAGCUGCUCAGCAAGCUCAACAACACAACUUACAACCGCAACAGGUGCAAUUAGUCCAACAACAACCAAUAAUCCAACAACAAACAUCGGUUGUACAACCUCAACAAGCACAGCAGAUACAAUAUCAACAACAAAUACAACAACAAUAUCAGCAGCAACAACAAUAUCCUCAACACAUGUCGCAGAAUCUGAGUACAAAUUCUCCGCAAUGUUCAACACCGCAGAACGUGCAAGCUCAGCCUCAAUUUCCUCAAGUGCCGCAACAGCAGAUGUCGCAGCAACCAAUGCCCCAACAACAAAUAUCACAGCAAUCAAUACCUCAACAACAAAUACCGCAGCAACCAAUGCCGCAACAGCAAAUGCCGCAGCAACAAAUGCAGCAGCAGCAGCAGCAGCAGCAGCAGCAGCAGCAUGUUCAUCAACAACCACAGCAGUAUAUACAAUUGAAUCAGAUGAGCGUUCCGCAGCCUAUUCCUCAUCAAGUACAGCAACAAAUGCAACCUCAAAUGCAGAUGUUGUCACAACAACAGCAUAUGCAUCAACAGCUUCAACAUGCGCAACAGCAGCAAUACGCGCAACCUCAAAUUCAGCACGUGCAACAAAUACAUCAGCAUUCGAUCGGUUCACCACCUGUUCAAAAUCAACAAUAUUAUCAGCAAAAUCCUACUGGUUCUUCAGGAUAUGUAUCUGCCAAUUCUCUAUAUCAGCAGACCAUGCCGCAACAGAUCUUUCACACGUAUACUACGUCCACAAAUCCUUCCGGCCACGUGGAAAUCUUAUCAUCCACACAAACCGCGACGCAGAUUUACUCUCACACAAAUCUAUCUGCAGCUGCAGUCCCCGCGUCAUCGCAGUCGUAUAUUCAGCCGACAGCGCAGGUUCAAGCGUCGAUACCAUCAGCUAUAAAUGUCAAUAACUCGUCAGCGGUAACUCAAGUGAUGCAGAAUGUACCGACCUCGACGAUUCCUAAUAUGCAGAGUGCAUCUACUUUACUUAGCAAUGCCGGACAUCAGCCUCAAUCUCAGCAAAAUAUUCUCAUGCAAAUGCAAUAUUCGCAAAGUGCAAGUGUCAUGCCCAAUUCGAUCUCGGUGACACCCGUCGCGAACGUUUCGGCACAAUCGUCUACCAACCUACAGCAACAACAUUUCCUUCCGAGUACGGAACAGUGCCCCACGACUGACAGGUCUUCCUUGAUUAAACAAGACACCAUGGAUUCGAUACAAUCUCUGCCGCCAGAUGCACCAAUCACUCUGCAGCAAGAUCAAAUUAUCGCUCCAACUGCUGCAACGAGUGUCACGCAACAGCAGCAACAGCAGCCAGUAGUAUCGAACGACGGAAUCACGCCCGAAAAUUCCGAAAGUGUCACCACCUCUGAAAGAAGCAGAGUAAAGCGUUCCGGAACAAAGCGUAAGAAGCCAGGUAUCAAAUUAACAGUCUUGUCUGUCAGUAGUGGCGAAGGGCAAUCAAUGACCGUCGAGUGUCAGUUAGAUACGAGUAAACAAAAGACUGUUACUUUUAAAUUUGAUCGAGAUGAUAUGGUACCUACGGACAUUGCCAAUAAUUUGGUUGCGGAAAACCUAUUACCACAAUCUCAGUGUGAGACGUUUGUAGAAUUAAUCGAAGACAUCGUCAAGCAAUUACGCUUAGAUCCUACACGUACCCUACCUCUAGUAGCGCAUGGUCCGCCCGAUCAAUCCGCCGGUGGAAGUCCAGUUACGAGUCGACGUCCUAGGGAUCGUGACCACAGUCUCGAUACAGCUAAGCAGGUGAGACAUGGCUCGCUAACACGUCAAAGCAGCCACCGAUCGUCGUACAAAGUCCACCGUAGGCACCGCUCGAGAGACGAAACUUCAAAUACUUCUACCCCGACGAAAUUGUUGCCGAUCGACCAAAUUAUUUCUCAUAUCGCUAGUACUAGUUUGGAGAAGCAACAAGUCGCACAAACAACCGAUAGUCAAGCAGGCGCCGAGAAUACAUCAGCAGAAGCUUCCAGGAGAUCAUCUACAUCUACACAAAAUACCGAUACUUUAACCCCUACGAAUAUACCAAGUGAUCCAACGGACAAUCAAGAAAGCGUCGUUUCCGCAACGUCCGCAGAAACAAUAAUGGAAACUCACCAUAAUAUUCAAGACGACGCAAAUAACUCAACUUUAAAGUCUUAUCAAAUGUCCACUGCACAUGUUCAAACUCAAAUACAGAAUACGACAAUGAAUGCAAGUCACACAAAUGAAACAUCGAAAGAAUCUCAAGAACUAGACGUAGUGGACAUAAAGGAAUACGAGACGGCGGUGAAGGAAACGAGUACGUCCGACGUAACUGUAGAAAUAUCUAGCUUGACAGUACCGACACCGGUGCGCAAAGUUUCUCGCUUUUUAGUCAGUCCUGUGGCUGAACAGAAGAAUAUCACGACGGAGGAGGAAUCUUUCACCACCAAUGAAAACACAGACCGUGCGAACAUUACGACGUCGCAAUUGAUGCCUCAAUCAGUUGGAAGCGUCGCAAGCGCAGAACCCGUACUAAAAAGUGAAGAUCAUGUAGAAGUGAGUGUUAUAGAGGCUCAAGCUAUAGCAUUACAAGAAAAAGCAUUACAAGAAAAAAGUAACAACGUCGAGACAGCACAAGGAGUUCAAGGAAUUCAGUUCAACACCGUGGAACAGACAGACAGUAGUCAACAAGUAUUGCAGAAAGGACAGCAAUCGAUUGGACUGCAAAAUAUCAUUCAAGUGCAGACUUUACAACAAGUAACCGGGCAUAUACAACAAACUACGACUAUCGGACAGUCAAAGCAACACACUAUAAUCGUCCAAGGAUCUACGAUCACCUCGCAACAAACGUCCCAGCAGAUGCCUCAAACUAGCGUACAGAACUUUGUACCAGUAAACACGCAAAAGGAACUGCAAUCUCAAUCGCUUCACACCACGAGCGGAAUAGUUCAACAGGCGCAGUAUCAAAACCAGACGAUAGUGCAACCUGGCUUGGUUAUACAACAGCAACAACAGCAGCAGAUCCCCAUUCAGCAGAAUGUGAUGCAACCUCAUAUACAAACAGAACACCAGCAUCAGAGCCAACAGAUGCAAACUCAACGUCCACCGACAGUGCAACAAUUUGUACCGCAACAAGUACAACCGCAAGCACAACAAUAUGUAAUGCUAUCGGGACCUAUGCAACCGAUACAACCGGCGAAUCUAGACGACCGAAGUCGUAGGUUACCAAGUCUGUCUACCAACGUGUCGAUAGAUUCUCAAAUUUCGGAAGUGUCUGGUAUAUCCGAAGAGAAAAGGCAAACCUUGAUUGCUACCAAUACACCAAUAGCGCAUACACAACACGUACAACAGGUAAUCUCACAAGAUAUGCCGAGUACAAUGCCGUUGGCCCAGGGUACUGUGGAAACUGCUCAACAGCUACAGACUGUACUGACUCAUUCAAAUGUGCAGCACGUUCCCGGGACUCUAGUGCUACCUGUGUCUCAAGUAUCUCUUCCUGUACAUCCAGUCGUUGCUGCAGACGUCUCCACACCGAAGAUCAUAACAAAGACGAAGGAAGUAUCUUCGACACUUCCGGAUCUCGCGCAAAAUUUAGCGAACAUACUGUCGAAUCCGAAAUCAAAAUCUGCUACGCCUCAUCCGCUAACCAGCCACGAGCAACCAACCGUAGUGUCUAACGUCACCGCUCCUACGCUAGUUGAACACAAACCUGUACAAUCCGAACAAUAUUUUCAACCUAUACAACCGGAAGCGAACCAGUUACAGGUCCAACCGUCCAUUCAUAAUUAUCAAGGACAAGUCAUGCAACAAAUAUAUCAGGGACAACAGAAUUUUCAGCAAGCCUUUCAAGGCCAACAGUUGCUUCACCAAGGCCAAACACAACCAAUACCGCAAUCAGUUCCGUUAACGAUUUCUCAACAGAUCGAUGCGCAAUCGCAGAUGGUGCAGUCUCUUCAAAGUGUAUCGAGUCAAAUGUCGGCUCAAGGAAAGUGGAUCGUUUCGUCUAAUCAAACUCCUUUGCAGCAACCGAUGCGGCAUGUGCAACCAAGUCAGUUGCAAUCGCUGCAGAAUCAACCGCAGUUGCAACAAAUUCCAGUACAACCGCAAACUAUACAAGAGCAGCAACAUAGCGAAUCAUCGAUCGUAUCAGAUCAGUCACACUUACAUUUGAAGCUUCCGGAACAACAUUCGAUGAAACCUUUAGAAGCUGAGACUUCAGAAUCUUUGAAUUCAAAUUGCAUACGCCGUACUAGCUCCGACUGCCAAUUGCUUAUGUCCGAAAAUGAAAAUUCUAGUCACGACGUAACCCCUGAGCAUACUUUCGUUGAAUCAAUCGAUUCUGCAGUGCUUGUACAGCAACAAUUGCCUCAACAACAAUUGCAACAGCAACAACAUCGUAAACUCAGUCAACAGAAUUCGCUGGACAAAGUGUCGGAUAUAAGCAGUAUCAGUAGCAUUGGGAGUGGUACGGGACCUCAAACUAUAGCUGACUUGCAUCAGAAACUUGUACAAUUGACUAGUCAACCAUCAGAGUCACUGAAUGUUGGUACACCUCCUAUAAGCUAUCCCGCCACACCACAUAAUCACCAAAUAGUAGGAGGAUACGAUGCAUAUAUGCAUUCUUUACAACAGAAACUGGGUAAUAUUGGUAUGCCAGUUUCGUGCACGAAUGCUACUUGCCCGUUAUCUCCUCAAACAACGAUACAUUCCUCUACUGUCCUCACCGACACGCAAGUUGAUGCGACUGUCGAAGGCUCUGUUGUAACUCAGGAGAAUUCUAGCACACUCACGCUUUCUCAAAAUAAUACGGAAUAUCCCCUCGACAGUCCAACACCGGGAGUUCCAGCAGGACCUGAAAAUAUGAGUCCCAGCAAAGAGAAUGUAAAAAUACGAACUCAAAGACCGGGAUCCCGUUUGCAGGAAUUGGAGCAAGAGUUAGCCAAGAUUCAUCAUAGAGGAUCGAUUUUUACGACGAUCCCCACGCAGCCAUUAACACCGCCUAUAACUGUGAUCAAUUCCGUACAUAUGCAACAGCCUGUACAAACUUUAUUAACGACUGCUCCACCAAUAUCAACAGUACCUAUAGCUACUGUUACUCCUAGCAUCGUAACACCGCGAUCCGAUACUAACACGCCAGUUCAACCGGAACUCCAAGACAACACUAAUGAGAAGGCAAAUCCUACACAACCUACUAGAAAAAUAUCCAGAUUUGUGGUUUCCAAAGUUGCCGGCCCGCCUGCUCAUAACAAUGCUACUGUCAAUCAACAGCAACCUACUGAUAUUGCGAGAAGUCUUCCGCAACAGGCAGAAGAAUUAAAAAUCUCAGAACGGCAAAAUAUUCCUUCUCAUACAGAUGAUCUGCAUGGUGUACCUGUACAAGUACUUCAUAGCCGAGAGAAUUCUGUUCCACCAAUUGUACAGACAACUCAUAGUACUAAUAUUCUAAAUAUUGAACCUGAAAAAGAAGAAAGAUUCGUAGCUCUUACACCAAGUGAAGAAUACCAGUUGCUUAUAAAAAGGCAAACUUUGGAGUUAGAGACACUGCAGAGAAGGCACAGAGAAGAAUUGGAACGUUUUCAACAGCAUCAGCUGCAAUUGCUUAUUCAGCAGCAGCAGCAAGCAAGCGCGCUUCAUCAACAUCAGCAUCAUCCAUUGCUUUAUCAUACUGUUGCGACAAACAUUUCUGGAUCCAGAAUUCCAGGUGCGGAGGACUAUUUAAUGAUCAGCACAGCACCGCAGACUCCAUUGCAAAAAGGACCAAACAACAACUAUCCGGACACGGACGAAACCCUACGGUUGGCUAUGCAGAAGUUGAAGCAAACGCCGCUGCAGCUCCAGCCGCAGCAGGCAUCAGCUGGAAUACCACAUGCUUACGUUAUUCCGAUUCCAGUAGUACCUUCUGAAAAUAUGCAAAGUAUAGUUUCCCAGCAGAGUAAUAACUGCUCGAAUGAUAUAACCGAGGGCAUUGACACGACACACAGCCCAGCAGUUAAUAAUUCGACGACGCAGUACCAAUUUGCCCCUAUAUUGUCUGAGGGAACAAAUGUAUCGUCAGCGAUAGGAGCAUUACCUGCGCCGUUACCAAUCGCCAACUCGACGAACGCCUACAUCCAGUAUCAUGAGGGUCAGCAGUUGUCGAAUUUUCAGACUUUUAGCUGCACCCCCCACGGCGGCUUCUUUUUGCCAGCUGGAUAUCGGUUGAUAUAUGCACCGUCCACUGGGACGACUCAAUCUCAGCCGGCGACGCCCGCCGCUACAUCUCAUGUAACAAAUUCACGCGACGACACGCCUCCGACGGAGCCGACGCCGCCGGUGUCGCAUCACUCCGCUCCAGCCGAGAGCUUAACAGCAUCUUCACAUACGGAUCAAUAACGCAGCAUUCGACUCGCACGGUUUUAUAUUUUCCAUUCAAUCUGUGCUCAUUCUUAGUUUAACGAUUUGGUAUCGCGUCUGUCGGGGUGGAGCUGUGCAUUACGAAUGUAAGCCGAUAUAAUUUACUAUAAAAUGCACAUUCCUCGUUACCCCACGCCCAUCGUUAAACAUUCUCGUGGAGAUGCGCGAAUUGAAAAAGAAAAGAAAAGCAUGAGUAGAAGAAGUAUAUGUUUUUCAAUGUACGACAUACUUGCAUAUAUAAACGAAAUAUCAAGAUAUUCUCGCUAUUCUGGGCGUGUGCAUGAUAUUACUCGGAUAUGUGCCUCGCAGCGGAAAUUAUGGCGAAAUUAAUCGGGGAAUAUAUUGCAAAAAGAGAGCAAAGGGAAAUAUAUAUAAAGUUUUCCGAAUAUAACGCAGGAACUUGAGAUAGAGGCCUUUACAUGUACUGUGCUUCGAUGCGUUAAAGACAAAAAAAGAAAAAAAGUUAAAAAAGAAAAAUUUCCUUCGCUAAGACCUUUAGAGGAUUCUAUUAUUGUCCGAUUCUUUGGUAGCACAGCUCACAUUAGUACAGGCCUCCGCUAGUCUUACGAUCGAAAUGGCACGGCCAUUCUGCUCGAUAUAUAUGUAUAACUGUUACUGUAUAUGCUGGAUGCGCGUCAGAAAUAAGUGGAUAGAGACUCAAGUGAGAAAGACUAUGAUAGGAAUGGGAUAAAAAAGUUGGAAAAGGAAAAAACAAGAGAGUGUGUGCAUGUAUGUGUGUACGUACGUGCGCGAUCACGCGCAUUUGUAUGUGUGCUUAUGAUUGUAUGGAUGUAUGCGUGUAUCUCGGAGGCAAGUAGGCAGAAAGAAA